AUGUUUGCCAAAGGUGAAAAGUGGAAUAUUUCCUUCGCGGGAUGCGGUUUCAGUAGUGUUUACUACUUGGGAGCGCUGACAUGCAUCCUGGAGCGAGUGCCGCAUUUGGUACAUGGAGCCUCAAAGAUCUGCGGAGCCUCAUCGGGAUGCCUGGUGGCUGCGGCGUUGACCGUCGGACUUCCCAUGGAACAUAUGUGGUCUGACUUGUUGGCGGUGGCCAAAGAAGCGAGGAAGCAUCGGCUGAGCGUCUUUCAUCCGACCUUCAGCCUCCUGCGUACAGUGCGCGACUCCCUGCGGAAGAAGCUUCCGGAAGAUGCCCACAGACUCGCUUCUGGGAGGCUCUGCGUAUCUCUAACCAGGUUGAUUGACGGGAGUAAUAUCCUGGUGUCGCACUUCGACACCAGGGAGGAGCUCAUACAGGUGCUGAUAUGCAGCUGUUUCUUUCCCGUCUACUGCGGCUUCAUCCCACCCUCCUACCGCGGACAGCUGUACAUAGAUGGAGCCCUGAGCAACAACAUGCCACUGUUGGAUCAUCCUAACACCAUUACGGUGGCUCCGUUCAGCAGUGAGAGUGACAUCAGUCCCAAAGACGGGGCUUGGACCUCCAUCUCCGUGCACUGUAACAAUCUAUGCUUGCAUGUGACCGCGGGAAACGUGCGUCGAAUCUUCACCUCGUUCCUGCCCCCUGCGCCGGAGGAGCUGGCUGAGAUCUUCCAAAGUGGCUACACAGAUGCCCUUCACUUUCUGAGACAAGAAAAUCUGCUGGAACAAUUUUCCCCAGAAGAGCAGGAGGACAAUUUAAAUGUUGCAAAAGCACCUUUUUGGGGACAACACUGGUGGCUGGAGCAUGAACAGGCGCAAACCCUCCCACUAAACUAUAAGAGAGGUGAAGCAAUCCAGGUGGAUGUAGUGUUGUGCAGGGAUGCUGGUGACGUAACUGGUUUGUGCCCUCUUGAUGCUUUUUACUACAUGCUGACUCCACUGGUAUUGGUGGCCGAGUUGAUCUGGUUCGUUUUAAACAGCCUUUUUACAGAGAAGAAACAGAGUAGACUGGACUAUGAUUCUUCAAAAACUUGA